UGCAGCCUAUUUAUAGUCGACAAUAAUCUCACAUGAUUCCAUCAUUCUAACAUCACUCUUCUUGUCGGCGACCGUCAUCAUCGGCUGCCGGAGCUACCCAUCGAUUUUCUCUCUCUCUGGAAGGGGCUCUGUAUCAUCUAUAACUCUUGUCUGUAGAUGAUUUAGGUGACUCAAAUAUGGGAACUGUGAACUUCGUCUGGAAUUUAACUAAGAGGUAUUUCACCUUUGGACUCAUAGGCCUUACCGUCUCUGAUUGUUAUGCUAGUAUUGUCCCUGUUGGUGGCAUUUCCAUGUCUCCCACAUUUAAUCCACAUGAUGACAGUUCAGUGAGAUCCUUGACUUGUGACUUUGUUAUAGUGGAGAAGCUGUGCCUUGAAAAAUACAAGUUCUCCCUCGGCGAUGUGGUUGUCUUCAGAUUCCUCUGGGUUUGGUUCGUGGAAGGGUUACUCAUGUUGUGUGGCCUCCUCACCGGGUUGCUAAAGUUGAAAGAAUCACAUCAAAGAGCCUAACACCUUUUUAAUUCUAUUUUGAAUAUAUCAUAAUGUGUGAGGGCAAGCUUUUGAAAAUUAGAGUUGUGUGUGUGAGAGAGAGAGAACGCUUUUGUGAACAAGUUUGGUAAAACUUACCAAGUUAUUUGUUUCCCUAAAACAAUGCCUCACAUAAGCA